AUGGCGAGUGUUCGUACUGUGUAUCAAGUAGCCAAGGUAGCUGGCAGAGCUGUUGCUUCCCAGCAAUCUUCUAUACUCCGUCAAUCGGUAGCUCGUCGUUCCCAUACCCUUGCAGUGCCCUACACCCAUCUUGGAAUCACUCAAUUCGACAAGGGUGUCCCAGUCGAGCAAGUGCGAGAGCUGACUCCCGUGGAAAAGCGAUGGGACUUUUGGACUACUAGUAAUGCAUUCCUGGAGCGCAAGCAGGAGGCCGGAUUCUUGGGAUUCAUGUAUGUACCAUAUGGCGAAGUGUGGGUCAUUGAACGUGGCUCUAGCUUUUCAAGGAUUGCUACAACUGGAUGGAACUUCAUGCUACCUGUUACCGACAAGAUUAAGGCUAUCAAGAAUGCGCAUUCGGUUGUUAUGGGGAUUGUUACUCCACCUGUUCGAACCAAAGAUGGUGUAGAUGUCAAUGGAUAUGCUGUUGUCACCAUCAAAAUCACUGAUUACGAAAGAUCUGCCUACUACGUUGAUGCUGAAACCAACAGACUGGACUCUGAACGAGGCGCUGCCCGUGUUGUCCGACGAAUCCUAGAAUCUGAAUUAGCCAGUGUAUCGAGUGCUAGUGGUGAAAUUGCUGAAUCUGACAAGGCUUCUAUCGCUGACAAGAUCACUGCUGCUUUGAAGGCCAAGAGUGUAGACUUUGGGUUGGAUGUUACAAGUGUUGAAAUCCGUGGUGCCUUCCCACAAACGUCCAAUGUCCCAGACAAACUACGAGCAUUGGACCCACCACUCCCAGCUGAAGACCAAGCUGGUCACGGUCUGUCGUCCGACUAUUGGGCAGAUGCCUUGGCUCCUCCAUACUUCGAAAAGCGCAAGUUUGGAUCUGAAAAGGAAGUCCGUACUCCAGCUGCCGUGUCUCUUGAAUGGUGUAUUCCUUCUCCACCAGACUUCCAUCACUUUGGAAUGAUUCCUAAAAUGACCGCUGCACCUUCCGACGAAAAGAAGGUUGCUGCCCCAGCACAUUAG